CCCCUCUCUCUCUCUCUCUCUCUCUCUCUCUCUCUCUCUCUCUGUAUCUCUCUUCCAUGGCAACUGCUGCCGUUAAGUUCCGCCAUUACUGAGAAGACAAGCUUUCCCUUCCUGCUUUCCUUGCAGGACUAGGAUCGGAUCUCUACCUUGCCCGUUGCAGCAGCAUUGGCAUGCCGGCUUCCAUGGACGGCGCCGUCGUCCCCACCGACUUAACAGUCGCGAAGAUGAAGAAGGAUUCGUUCCGCGACAACUUCCUGUUCCUCUCGCUCCAGUGGAAGGACCUCGAGGAGCACUAUGCCGCCGUGCACGAGGCCCUCGAGCGGAAGCGGAAUGAGCUCUCCUCCACCGAGGAGUCCCUCCGGGAGAUUCUCCUCGAGGUCGAGGCGAAGCAGCACGAGUUUGAGGCCCUGGAGGCGUUGAUAGAGGAGCAGUGCAAGGACCUGGACGCGAGGGCGGACGAGUACGGCGAGAAGUACCGGUUGGCGAUUGAGAAGAAGGGGAGGGAGAUUGAGACGGCGGUUGAGAGGAGGCUGUCGGAGAUUGAGGAGAAGGAGAAGAGUUUCGAGUCGCAGAGCGCGUCGUUGCAGCGGUUGAUCGACGAGCGGUUUGAGGAGGUUGCGAGGAAAGAGAAGAAAGUGGAAGCGGUGAGUGCAAAGUUGAGAGAGCAAUUGGCGGAGUUGAAGUUGAAAGAGAAGCGUUAUGAUGAGAGAGUCAGGGAGUUCGAAUUGGCAAAUUUGCAAUAUGAAUCGGACCGGGUGAAGUUGUCGGAAAGAUCGAGAGAAGUGGAGUCCCAAGAACGGUGGAUCGAGCAGAGACUCGAUGAGCUUGAUUUGAAAAAUCAGGAAGUGGAAGAGCGAAGCAGAGAGCUUGAGUUGAACAAGAGUAGAUUUGAACGUGAUAGAGGAGUAUUUAAUGAGCGAUUCAGAGAAUUUGAAUUGAAAGAAAACCAAGUCGAGCGGAGAGCUCAAGAGCUUGAGAAGAAAAAUAAGCAACUCGAAGUGCGUUUGGGAGAUCUUGAAUCAAGAAGGCGGAUCUUUGAAGUGGACAGGGGCAAAUUUGAGGUGGGGCUUAGAGAGUUGGAAUCGAAUAUGAAGAAGUUAGCCUCCGACAGCGAGAAAUUGGACAAAGAAUCGAGGGAGUUGGACUCGAAAGCUAAGAAACUUGAAGGGCAGCACAAAGAGCUAGUGGCUAGAAAAAGAGAAUUUGACGAGCGAGUCCAGAAGUUUGUAAUAACGGAGUUCAAGACUAAGUUCGAUAGAGAGAAAUUGGAUGAUCAAUUUAGGGAAUCGGCGGUGAAAGAAAAGCAACUUGAAGGGCGGCACAAAGAGCUGGAGUCCAGUAAAAAAGCAUUCGAAGAGCAGGUUGAGAAGUUCAAUCUGAUGGAAAGAAAGCUUGAAGAAACCUCGAAAGAGGUUGAACUGAAAGCAAAGCAGUACGAGGAAAAAUGUAAAAAUCUUGAGAAUGCAAAUCUGAGAGGUUUUGUCGCUGUGGAUGGGAAGAGCUUGCAGGUUCUUCUCAAUGAGUGCCGGGACGAUCAUGACAGAAUUCGGGAUGGAGUAUCAUUCCUGCUUAGGAUGUAUCCAGACCCUGCCAAGGUUGUCUUGGAUGCAAUGGAAGGGUUCUUCCCUCCACAUCUGAAGAAGGGGGUCGUGGAGUUCAAAGGGAGUACUGUCAGGGCAAGUUGUAUCUUAUUGUUGGAGCAAUUGAUGAAGAUUUCUCCUGACAUCAAGGAGGACAUCAAGUCGGAAGCAACGAAAUUAUCGUUCGAUUGGUUCACUAAGUUAAAGCCAGAUAACAAUCAUUCUUGUCAAAUAUUGGGAUUUCUGCUCCUCAUAGCUAGUUAUAAUUGUCACAAUGCUUUUGAUGUCAAUGAGCUAUUACGUUAUGCGAAGGUUAUUGCUCACCGGAGACGGGUACCGGAAUUGUGCAGGGUACUAGGAUUUAGAGAUGAGAUUCCAGGAUUUAUUCAAGAUCUCUUGGGGAAAAAGCAGCACCUUGCUGCUCUUAAGUUUGCUUCUAGAUUUGAUCUGCUUAGUGAGUUUCCUCCACGUCCCAUCAUGAAGGAGUUUAUGGAUAUGUCAAGGAGUGCAUUCAAGGCAAUCAGUGAUAAUGAAAAUAGUUCACCGGAAGAAACGGUACAGAUUCAGGCUACAAAUAAAAGGAUAGGUGAUCUGAAAGCUGCUAUGAGGUGCAUUCAAGAUCACAAGCUUAAUGCGGGAUUUAGCCCUGUAGAGAUAAAGAAAGCCAUCAGUUUACUGGAGAAGCAACUUGCAGAUCGAAUAAAAGCAGCUGCAACAGUUGGUAAUAGGACUAAAUUGCAAGAAUCAAAUGAUAUGCGUGGUUCUCCCAGGAUUUGUUCUCCUGUUCCGUCUACUGUGCCUGUAACUGCCAACUGUUCAAUGGCUGAGAAAGCUGUUGUGAUAGUAGCUCCAGAUACCCUAAUGCGGCGGCAGAGAAGUAUGGAGCAGUCUCAACCCGAUAAAUCUCAGCAAGCUCCACAAAGUAUUCUUGCUGAUAAUAAUCAAGUUCAGCCAAUGGACGCAGAGUCUGAGCAGCUAGUAGGCUUACCUACCCACCAAGAUCAUCUCUCAAAGGAAGAUGCACCUUUGGAUGCCAGGUCAACUACACCGAAGAAUGCUCAGUCUGAGCAUCAACACAGUCCUGUUGAUGUGGGUGCAGAGGUUUUAAGGCAGUUACUAACGGGAGACAUGCAAGAUAAGUUGGUGCAGCAGAAAAUUGUUCAUUUACUCAAGUCCUCAUCAGAACCAGCAGAUCUCGCCUUUGAUGUUAUUCAGGGCCCCCAUUCAUCAGGCUCAGGAAAAGAUGAAUCUUCGUCUGAGCUGGGGAUCCCUGUGAAGCGGUCUAUCUUACUGCUGAAGGAAUUGAAAGGAUUCUCAUAUAAGGUUAAUCCACAGUUAAACCAAAAAGCGAGAAAAUUCGCCAUGAUUUAUAAAUCGAACUUGAAAAAGACAAAAGACAAUCACAUCGGAGUAAUAUUUUUGCUGCAAUUUCUCGAUGCCUUCAAAGUGCUUCUUGAUGCCAAUGAAGUUACUUGUCUUUUGGAUCCCUCAGUUUGGUGCAAAGAAGUUCCUGACUCUUGUCAACGCCACGGGCUGCAAGAUUUUAUUCCUAAUUUCAUCGAAGGCCUAAUUAAGAAGAAUCAGAGGCUUAAUGCUGUCAAAUACAUCCAUGCCAUGGAACUCGAAUCAAGAUUCCCUGUCGUUGCUAUACUAAAGGAUCAUCUGGCACACUGGGAAAAUAAGGGAGACGAGCUACUGAGGGGACAAACUGUUACCAUCCCAGUCCAGAAUAAGGCAUUUGACGUAAGAGUAGCUGCUGCAAAAGAUGCGAUCAAAUGCAUCAGCUUGUGCAAGCUGGAGUCCAUGUACCCGUCUAAAGAAUUGGAGGAAUACAUUGAAAGUCUAAAUAAACAGAAAGAGAGAAUGCGGAAGUCAGAGGAGUCCGAAGCAGCGAAACCUCUUGCUGGUACAAAGCGCAAGUCAGAUUACUGCGAUGGAGAGAGACACACGACUGAGCAAGCGAGUUCUACAGUCGCUUCUUCUAUUUCUGGGAGCAACACUACUAUUAAGAGCCAACCUCGGUGGCAGAAGAAGAGGAAGACUAAGUUCAUCGGAGAAUUGGACCCCGACUUUGUACCCCCUCCUCCUCGCAAGUUCUACCCAAAGAAGCAGCGGUUCCAUGGUAUAGCCAGCGGACCUUUUGUGAAGCCUACUGGUAGGGCCCAGUUCUUGGACCCAGAGGACGAUGACGGUCCCUUCCAAUCUCAUUUUCGAGCUGACUCUGGUUGUGGCAGAUAUUGUCAUUGAAACAACCCAUGUCAGCAUAUCUGAAGGUGCGGUUUCGGGGGAACCUUUUCAUGGGCUUUAGGAGAUGUGCAAAUCCAUUCUCGCACUGUCCCUCUUUCUGACAGCGCCCUUUUGCACAUAUAACGGCGGGGCUGUAGUGUUCUUGACAUCUCCUGGUGGUUAGUAGAUUCUCUUCUUUUAACGUCAACCUUAGGGCUGACCCUCCCUGGAAGGCUAACCAGAUAGUUGCACCCUCUCUGUUAAUAUCUUUUGGUGUGCUUGCGAUGUUCGUAAAUUGAUAGUCAAAGUUCAGUGGGAGAUGUUUUAGGGAAAUUUGAUUCGAUUCCUAUGUGGGUUGUAUGUAUCCAUUGCUUCCAAGCUCAUCAUCAACGAGCAUUGCUGCCUGGGGUCGAGGCUGUUAACCGCUGUCUGAUGGUAUGUGGUUGAGGCUAUUCUGCAAUCGACGGAUUUUUUUUACCAGGA